UGAUCAAGUGUAGAUCAUAAAUGCCUACAUAUAAAGUGUUACUUUUCAGUGUUUUUGUCUAAACCAUUAACUCUGUUUAUUCUCUUCUUAAAGAUGGCGUUUAUUAAAGAGGAGGAGACUGAAGACAUGAAGAUGGAGUUUAUUAAAGAGGAGACUGAAGACAUGAAGAUUGAAGAAACAUUGAGUGUGAAACAUGAAGAAACUGAGAAACAAACAGACCUGAUGGAAGAAAGCAAUGAGAGUGAAGAACUAAAGACAUUUCUAAAGAAAAGAGCCAAGAAAUCUUUCACCUGCACUCAGUGUGGAAAGAGUUUCUCAAAGAAACAACAUCUUGAGGUUCACAUGAGAGUUCACACAGGAGAGAAACCGUUCACAUGUGAUCAGUGCAGGAACAGCUACAGUCAAUCAUCAAGCCUUAAAGCACACAUGAGGAUCCACACUGGAGAGAGGCCGUUCACAUGUGAUCAGUGUGGGAAGAGUUUCAGUCAAUCAUCAAGUCUUAAAGCACACAUGAGGAUCCACACAGGAGAGAAGCCGUUCACAUGUGAUCAAUGUGGGAAGAGCUACACACAAUCAUCAUGCCUUAAAGAACACAUGAGGAUCCACACAGGAGUGAGACCGUUCACUUGUCACCAAUGUGGCAAAGUAUUUCUUGGGGAAUCCACCUUAAAGAAACACCUGAAAAUUCAUACAAAGGAGAAGCCACAUUCAUGUUCUGUGUGUCGAAAGAGUUUUUCACAGCUGCAAUAUUUACAUGUACAUGAGAAAACACACACUGGUGUGAGAGAGUACAUGUGCUUUGAGUGUGAGAAGACUUUUACUACAGAGAGUGAUUUAAAAGUGCACCAGAGGAUUCACACUGGAGAGAAACCUUACAAGUGUUCACAGUGUGACAAGAGAUUCAGUCGGUCAUCAUCUCUGAAAACACAUGAGAGGAUCCACACUGGAGAAAAACCUUACAAGUUGUGGAUGAGGAGAGACCCCGAAAUGCCUUAA